AACAUUGAAACCCUAAUCAUCAAACAUUAAAACCAGUUUUUACACAAUCCGCUGUUUCUAAGAAGAAGCCGCAACCUUUUGUUUUUAACUUAGGGCUCUUCUUCGUUCUUGCAGAUUUCGCCUCCGUUUUCGCUAUCCGAUCUGUGAAAAUGUUCUCUGCUCAGAACAAGAUCAAGAAGGACAAGAAUGCCGAGCCAACAGAAUGCGAGGAGCAAGUUGCUCAGGCUUUGUUUGAUCUGGAGAACACUAACCAGGAGUUGAAAAGCGAGUUGAAAGAUCUCUACAUCAACCAAGCUGUUCACAUGGAUAUCUCUGGAAGCCGCAAGGCUGUUGUGAUUUACGUUCCAUUUAGAUUGAGGAAAUCUUUCCGUAAGAUUCAUCCUCGCCUCGUUAGAGAGCUUGAGAAGAAGUUUAGUGGAAAGGAUGUUAUCUUUGUUGCCACAAGAAGGAUCAUGCGUCCUCCAAAGAAGGGUGCUGCUGUUCAGAGGCCACGCAACAGAACUCUAACCUCUGUUCAUGAAGCAAUGCUCGAGGAUGUCGCUUACCCUGCGGAGAUUGUUGGAAAACGUACUCGAUACCGUCUUGAUGGUUCCAAAGUCAUGAAGGUCUAUUUGGAUACCAAGGAAAGGAACAACACAGAGUACAAGCUCGACACUAUGAUUGGUGUGUACCGGAAACUUACUGGAAAGGAUGUCACUUUUGAGUACCCAGUUGAAGCCUAAAGAAAGACGUUGAUGAUGUUGAAGAAUCGUCAAGAUUAGACAGGAGAGCUUUUGAAUCUGUUUUGUGAUAUUUAGGAUGAAGGAAACUCUCUCUUGAUUCAGUUCCUUAUUCACAAUCUUUAAUGUUCUAUUUACGAAGACUAUUCUGUGCUUUUCAAUUUUGAGACUCCUAUUAAAAUUCCAGUUUCAUAUGCUGUCGACAA